AUGUGGGCUGCUGUUGAACGAAUUGCACAGAGUGACGAUGCUAUGCACGAGACUGCAAACUGUGUUGCCCAAAUUGAAUCGCUGCUCACCCCUAUUUCCCGUUUGCGUGCCUUUCUUCGUUUGGCCAUGAUGCAAAAGAAGCUAUUCGACUUUUACACCGUAAUAACAAGUUCGUCUUUAUUAAAAAACUUUUACGACGAUUGGGCACUAUUGCGGCAGGAAGAAAUAGUACAACUCACAGGAUCAUUACUCGGGUUAUCAGUUGUGGACUGUAAUCUUGCAUUGGAUUAUGAUUAUCUGCAGGCAAGCUUUUCUAAAGAACAGCCGCUCAGCAUUGACUUGUCGUUGUAUAUUCGCAUUCCCACUAUACCUAAUGAAAGUGAGGAGUUACUACUUAAGAAUGGAAGUGAAUGUCUUGAUAAAGUAAAGAAAAUGUUAUUGGACCAAAACAAUUAUCUGGAGGAGAGAAACAGACAAUUGCAAUGUAAUGUUGAGAAUUUGAAAAGACGUCUCAACUCGCUUGACUGUGGAUCUGAAACCAACGCAAUAACUUUGGAACGAGAGCUUGUCAUGUUUAAAAACAUCGACAAUGCUGAAUGCAGCAAACCACACCUAGCUAUCGAUAAGCAUUGGGAGUUGGAACGAGAACGACUACUUGGCCAGAUUGUUGAGAGGGAAGAUUCUUUACGAAUCGUACAGCAGCAGCUUAUGGAUACAAGGAAAAUAAAUACAGAUUUGUAUGGUAAGCUAAAACUGGCAGAUGAGAAAUGGCGAAAAUUGGAGAAAGAUAUGGCAAGGAUUCAGCAACAGUAUAUGCAAGAAAGCGAGACCUUAAAAAAGACUAUUUCAAAUUUGGAAGUUUCAAACGCUUUUCUUCAAGAGAGCUCACGUAAGCAAAUUGCUGAUGAUGAAGUUAUCCGUGCCGAACUUGAGAAGAAGUACGGUCAACAUGCUGAAUUGGUGGAUGCUUUGCAGAAGAAGCAGAACGCACUUUCUCAGGCUGAAAGCGAACUAUUAGUCUUACGACGCAAAAUUGAUGUAUUGGAGAGAGAAGUGAAGGAAAUUCCGUUCCUGAAAGAGGAAAUAAAAGGAUUACAAGGUAAAUAUGAAUGCGUUUCUGAACGCGCCGAAGAGUCUGAACGCGCACUUGAGGAGUUAGGAGGGCACUUGGGCGAGUCAAAACUUCGCAUGUUGGAACUUGCGGAGGAAUUGUUGCCGUUCACCGAUGCUCACUGGGCUAAAGACGCCGAUAUCGUGCAGUGCACAGCAUGUUCAGAGAAGUUCUCAAUUUCAAAACGCAAGCAUCAUUGUCGCAUGUGCGGUUCAAUUUUCUGUGCAACCUGUAGCGAAGGCCGAAUCAAGCUACCGUCGAAUGCUAAGCCUGCUCGAGUAUGUAAUCAAUGCUUUAUUUUGCUGAACAAUCGACACGCUGGAAAUGCUCAAUAA